CGAACUCCCGUACGUAUGGAGGUCGACCCGGGGACCUCCGUAUGUCCAGAUUUGACAGGUAAAAAGCCAGGCAACUGUUACAGUGUUUUGAACUUCUCUCUCUCUCUCUCUCUCUCUCUCUCUCUCUCUCUCUCUCUCUCUCUCUCUCUCUCUCUCUCUCUCUCUCUCCCUUCCUAUCACUCUUUUAAUUGGAGGAAUCGACGAGGAUCAGAUCUCAAGUGGCCGCAUCGAAAUGGGGAAGCGUGCUGUCCUCGUUGGCUGCAAUUACCCCGGCACGGACUUUGAGCUUGGUGGAAGCGUAAAUGACGUGAAGAUUGUCAAGGAGAUGCUGAUUGAGACAUACGGAUUUAAAGAAGAGACUAGCGAUGACUUCAAGAAGAUUCUGACGAAGUUUCCUCUGAACGAGGGUGCGACGUUCACGGUCAUUGCGGAUGCUUCUCAAAGUGAUGGAUUGCUCGAAGGUCACGAGGUAAUCAAUCCACCGCAACCACCUCGGAUGCUUUUGAGGCGAAUAAAGGAGGAGGCAGAGGAAGGUGGUGAGGACGAGGCAGUGGUUGCGAAGAGUGCAGGCGAAGCAAGUGUUGCGACAGAGGGAGCUGCAGUCUCGAAGACCAAUGCAUCGUCAGCACGUGCUCCAGCUGCUGACGAGACCACAGAGGACAAGAAGGCUGUAGUCAAACCGAAGGAUCCUGCUGCCACACCAGCGAAGGAAACCGCAACUGCAGCCAAGGAAGCAGCACCUGCGGCAGCAGCAGCCGCGGCAGCAGCAGCCAAGGAGCCAGCAACGGCAGCCGUCAAACAACCUGCAGCUCCCAAGGAGUCGGCACCAACAGCAUCCAAGAAGUCUGCGACUGUGGUGAAGGAGGGCCCUGCUGCAGGUCACGCAAAGUCUUCCGGUGCUGUCCCCACAAAGCCUGCAGUGUCCGCAAAGGCGGCAGCUGCUCCGUCCACGAAAUCUGCAGCUUCAGCGAACACAAAGAAUGCCACAGCGACACCCACAAGGUCUCUACCGACUGCUCCCACGAAGCCCGCACCUGCAGCAGCACCCAUGAAGGCUGAUGCGGCGCCCCCUUUGACCACCGUCAGUAAGUCUCUGACGGUUGAGGUGACUGAGAAGCCUGGCACUGCAGCAGUGCCAGAGCCAGCAGCAAAUGGCUCUGCAGAAGAUUCCGCAGCUGGCGCAAGGACUAAGCGCGGAACGGAGCAAGAAGAGGGCGGAAAGGUUGUUAUAGAAGCGAAUGAAAGUGCGGAAACAGAUAAAGAAGCAGGGAAUGAAGCGACUGGCAACGAUACAGAAGGGAAUGAAGCUGAGGUGGUGAAAGUAGUUGGCCCACAGUCACGGCAAAUCGAUCUUGACACUUUCCUCGACGCCCUCAGCCAAAAGGGGAAGAAGAAAGCUGCAAAGGGGAACAUCAGAAGGAGCCUUCAUGAACAAUUUGGCGACUCCUCCAGCAGAACGGUGAAGAACUAUGUUCAAAAGCUGAGGAGGCAGAAGAGUAGCCCGAUCCACAGGCGGGGCUUGUCAGCAUUGAUGGAAAUGUUUGCAUGCGGUGCGGUUGAGGCCCAGCAAGGAAAGGGCAACCAAGCAGCUGCAAAAGGUCCUGCUAUUAUUGACUCAGAUGAGAGUAGGACCAUUGACUUAGGUGCCCAUGAGGAGAUUCAGCAUAUACAGUCAUGCGUUCUUCUAACAGAUGUAGAGAACGAGUGGAGACGGAACCGAUGUGUUCCAUGCAUGGAGGGUAAGCUUUGGGGCAAGUUUGGGCUGCUUCGCUUUGGACUCUGUGAGUAUAAGAAUUAGCAGUUAUGUUCUGAGAGACGUCUCUCUCUCUCUCUCUCUCUCUCUCUCUCUCUCUCUCGCUCGCUCUCGCUCUGAGAUGCUGUGGUUAGUUGAAUCGGCUUUGCCAAGCAACAUUUUUUAGGCUGCGAGCGAGGACAAAAUCAGAUCUUGGAGGCAGGAAUGUUGAAGAGGUCCCGCCAAAAUCUUGUCUGUACAUGAAGAAGUGCAUUCUGGGGCAUGCCGGCUGAUCAAUUUGGCCUCAGUCCACUACUCAACACUUGACAGGUAUCUGGACGGGAACGUAGAGCACAUGCAUUUGGACUGAAUGAACAUUUCGAAUGACAGGUCCACAUACACUUCGUAUGCUGUGUAUCCACCCGGGCUUAGCAGAGAAACCAUCUGGUAGGUGAGGGAGAAACACGAGGCGGCAGGAAUUUAGCACCGGUCCACGCAUUGUUGUUUAUGCAGCAGGAGGUGCGGGUAUACUCAACAUUGGACAGGUACCUGGACUGGCACCUAGACUACAUGCAAUUGGACUGAUCAAACAGUUAGAAUGUAUUGAACCUGUAACAGGUCCAGAUACAUUCAGUAUGCACUGGCAGAGAAACCAUAUAUUAUCUGCAAGAUGCAGGAUAACUCAGAGGCGGCAAGAAUUUAGCACUGGUCCACGAGACUCCAUGGACUGUCUGUCGUUUGCGCAGCAGCAGGUGCAUAUCUGGUGUAUGGUACUGGAUAGCCUGGUGGAGUGUCCGAAUCUAUCAGCAAUUCGGGACCAGAUACAUGUCUUCACCACAUUCAAGCUGGUGGGCAAUAUACCACACUCGGACUUUGUACUCGUUAUUUUUGUGGACGUAAUUGCGGCCAAAUACAUCC